AAUAAAUAAAUACUUAGAAAAAUAAAAUUCGAUGCUAAAAAUAGACUUAUAUUAUUAUUGGUGGGUUCGUUUAUAAAAGGAAACAGCCGUCCCAGUUCUUAGCAGCAUGUGUGCUCUUGAGGGCAAAGAAGUUUCUGGUUUGAGACCAUUCAAGAACCCUAAAAGAAGGAGUUCUCGUGGAGGAAGCUUGGCUCUUCCGAUCAACCCGACGUCUUCUUGGGGAUCUUCUCCGACGCAUCUUCCACCGCCGCCUAGCUACUCCCAGCCUCCUCUUCUCCCUCUUCCACACGUCAACAGCUCUCCUCUGCAACACGUCAAAAGCUCUCGACCACGUGUGAACAACUCUAGUCUCCUUUACUCUCUGGCAAGAGCAACAUCUGAAACUUUACCGAGACUCCCUCGAACCGGUUCGGUUCAGGUCCGGACUAACCACAACCAUGAUUUCCCGGAAGGAUUUGAUGGUUAUCCCGGUCCAGCGAUCAUGUUACUAUCUCCUCCGCCGUGUAGUUUGCCCAUGCCUAGGUUUUCGAUCAAACCGAAGCUCAGUUGCAACGCAGAAGCUGCCGGCAAAACUGACGUAGCCACCGAUAUCAUCCGUCGUGUUUUACAGCUACGUUAAGUUAAGGUCGGCGAUGUUACAAUAAAAUAAAGCCCGUGGGCUUGGGUCUGUCUUGUUUUUAAAAGUGAUAGAACUCUCUCCUUUUGUGUGAUUUGCUAAGCCAUAACUUUUUUUAAAAGGCUAUGUUGGCACAAAGUAUAAGCCUUGCCGGAUUACAUUUCUUUCAAGUUA